UCGUGCACUGCAGCGAUGCGGGGUGCGCCGGGUGCGGGAACAGCCCGCAUCGAGGGCUCGGACACCGGCACGGCUCGGACACGCAGCGCCCGCAGGGACAGCGGGCCGGGCCGGCACCGCGCUCUGCCGCCUUCCUCCGCUCGCAGCGGGCAGCGGCUCAGCCCCUCCCAGCCCGGCCGCGCGCUCUGCCUCCCGCGGGCCCGCUGGAACAGGAGGAAUAGGAGCAGGAGGAGGAGAAAGGCCGAUGCGGGAAGGGGAGGGGGAAGGGCCGCGAUACCCAGCCCCCACCGCCCGGCCUCCGCCGGCACCGCCGUUGCCGGGGCAGCCGACGUCAGUUGCAGCCGAGGCGGCGAUUGGUCCGGGCCGGGCGCUCCCGACGGGGCCGAGCCCGCCCGCUUCCUUCGGCGCUCGGCGGCUGCCGGCACCGCGCCGCCUCGGCUGCGCCCGCCCGGCCACGUCCGCGCCGUGGCCAUGGGCCGCCCGCUGCUGCUGCUGGCGCUGCUGGCGCUGCUGCCCCGCGGCCGCGCCUGGGACAGCGGCGACCUGGAGCUGUUCGACCUGGUGGAGGAGGUGCCGCGCAACUUCUACGACUUCCUGGGGGUGCAGCAGGAUGCUUCAUCAGCAGAUAUUCGGAAAGCAUAUAGGAAGCUUUCACUGAUUUUACACCCAGACAAGAAUAAAGAUGAAAAUGCAGAAACACAGUUUAGGCAAUUGGUGGCUAUCUAUGAGAUUUUAAAGGAUGAAGAAAGAAGGAAGAGGUAUGAUGAUAUUCUGAUCAAUGGACUACCAGAUUGGAGACAGCCUGUAUUCUACUACAGGCGGGUGAGAAAAAUGAGCAAUGCUGAGCUGGCAUUACUCUUGUUCAUUAUACUCACAGUGGGUCAUUAUGCUGUGGUUUGGUCAAUCUACCUGGAAAAACAGCUGGAUGAACUGCUCAGCAGAAAAAAGAGGGAGAAGAAGAAAAAAACGGGAGGUAGAAGUGCGGAUGAAGCAAAACUUGCUGCUCCUGAAAAACAUGAAAGAGCACUGGACAAACCACAGUGGCAUGACUUACUUCCAUGCAAGCUGGGAAUAUGGUUCUGUCUCACUGUGAAAGCUUUGCCUCAGCUAUUCCAGGAUGCCAGACAAUUAUAUGUAGAAUAUAAAGAAACAAAAAUGAAGGAGAAAGAAGAUGCCCUGGCUAAGGCUGAACUUGAAACACUUCAGAAGGAGAAGAAGCCUAAAGUCAAGAAACCAAAGUCUGAAUUUCCUGUAUACACUGUUCUCGAAUCAAGUGCAUACAUACCAUCCUAUGACCAUGGAGCUUCUAUUGAAGAGAUCGAGGAACAGAUGGAUGACUGGUUGGGAAACAGGAACAGAGCACACAAAAAGAAGGCACCUGAAUGGACAGAAGAGGACCUCAGCCAGCUGACAAGAAGUAUGGUUAAGUUCCCAGGGGGGACCCCAGGUCGAUGGGAAAAGAUUGCUCACGAAUUGGGUCGAUCAGUGGCAGAUGUCACCACAAAAGCCAAACAGCUGAAGGACUCUGUGACGUAUACACCAGGUGUCACCAGGCUCUCCGAGCUUAAAACCUUGGCCCAGAAUUCCAAGAACACCAAAGUCUCCAUGAAUCUACCAGACCACAUCAUCACACAGAGGGAAAGGGAGGAGGAAGAGGAGGAGGAGGGGAGCUUCAAUCACAGCCCAGAUCGGACAGAUGCCCAGACAGAUCCCAAGGAGAGCGGUGCUGGUGAGACCAGGCAUCGCAGGCGGAAGGUCCCCAAAGCGCCUGAAAUGGGGCCAGCAGCAACAAAAGAGGCAUCGGAGGAGAAGGGCAGAGGGAGACGGCAGAAGGAUUUCGAUCACACAGAGCAGGAGGAAGAAAGUGAUGACGAGAGCAGAAAAAGAGAGAAGAGCCGUGCCUUAGAAGAACUGUGGACUCAGAACCAACAGAAACUUCUGGAAAUGGCCUUGCAGCAGCAUCCAAAGGGAACGUCGGACCGCUGGGACAAGAUAGCAAAAUGCGUUCCUGGAAAAAGCAAGGAGGAGUGCAUAGCGCGGUACAGGCUGCUGGUUGAGCUGGUACAAAAGAAAAAGCUGGCCAAAAGCUGAGUGCUCUCAGCAGAAGAAUUGACGUCGUCUUCGUCAAAAUGGGGGAGUAAAACUCAUAUGCAGGAAACCGCAUUUUUGUACCUCGGUAUUUCUAUACGUCACGUGCCUUAGGAAAAGAAAGUGUCAAUAAAUCUUUUGUCGUCUUACCGACUAUUCUGUGUGCUGGAGAAAGGAGGUGCGCUUUUGUGUAGGAGCUGCUUACGUGGAGAGGUGCUGAUGUCCUGAACAGGAGCUUCAGGUAACCCACCCCGCUGCCUGCGUGCUGCAACUGCUGCGGGUGCAGCCCGUAUUUGUUCUUUAGCACGUGGAAUGUUUUUUGGUCACAGAUAAAAAUUAACCUUAGGCUGUAAGGAAAGAGUGGAAUGUAACAAUAAAUAGCAGGGAAAAAGA